AUGGCCGGAGUUGCGGCUCCAGGUCCUUCAGACUCAAAUCAGACUAACGCACCCACCCCUGGGUCUUCAUCCAUUGGUGCAGAGCCAGCAGGCGAUGCGGUCGUCCAAUCCAGCCAGAGCGGGGAGGCAGUUUCGGGAAGCGGCAAUGCGCAGCAAUCACAGCAGCCUUCCCAGCAGCAGCAGCAGCAGCAACCACAGCAGCCACACCCGGGCAUUUCGCAAACGCCAGAUCAGCUGCAUCUGCAACAGCAGCAGCACAUGCAGCAGCAGCAGCAGCAACAGCAGCACGUUCAGAUGGUUCCAGGAUCAGACCCCAACGGGAAUGUGUUUUAUGCGGCGGGGAACGGAUUCGUUCCGCACUACUUUUAUGAUUAUUCUGCAGAUCCUGGAAGGUUAUCCCACGAGCAGUGGGAGGAAUACAUGCGCAUGGCCAACAGCGGUGCUCCCGGAGGGGGCCCCCCUCUCGUCGGUCUCAUGCCUGAAGGCAUAGAAGGCCAUCCUCCCCAGAUGUACGCGCCACACCACUUCCAGUUCCAGCCGCCCGUCUUCCCACCGCCUGUUCCUCCCCCUCCUGCUGAUCCAUCGAAGCUCGCGGCACUGCCCGAUCAGCUGACUCAGCCCGCCAGCUCGUCCGCGCCCGCACCAGCGGACGCCAUGGCGGGUCCCAUGCCGCUCCUUCCAGGCCAGCCCCUGCCCGCGGGAAUCGCCCCGCCGCCGCACCUUGCGCACAUGCAGAUGCACGGCGUCCCCCCUAACGGUGUCAUGCCACCUCAAGGCGUCCCGCUUCCCGGCGGGCCGCCGCCCCCCGGAGGCCCAGGCGCCGCACCGGGGGCGCCAAUUCCCAUGCGCGGCCCCCCUGGCGCGCACCUCGGAAACAUGCCCGCGGGCAUGCACGGCCGCGGCGGAAUGGGCCCCGGGGGAGUUGGCGGGCGUGGAAGGGGGGAUGGGGGCCGGGGAGGACGGGGCUGGGGCGGAGGCCCCGGGGGGUAUGACAAGGGAAGAGGCGGAAGGGGAGCGAGAGGUGCCAGGGGAGGGUACGGCGGGUAUCCGGGGGGGAUGAUGAUGAUGGGCGCACCUGGUGGGGGGCGUGGGAUGCAAGGCAACGGGAUGCAUGAGGCCGUGAACGAGCAGAACCGCGGGCCGAGGACCAACCGGGCGGGGCGGGGGAAGCAGCCGCAGCAGGCAAUGGGAGCAGCAGGUGCGGCGGGUGCACCUGCUGACGGCAGUGCGCAGGCAGGUGCUGCUGCAGCGGCAGGAGCAGCAGGGGCGCAGGGUGGGGUAGCAGGGUCAGAAGGAGCGGCUAACAGCGGUGCGUCUUCCUCUGCUGCCGCCGGCACCGCUACUGGCGCUGCUGCUGGCGGUGCUGCUGCUAACACUGCAGCGGCAGAAGGCGGCGCUGCGAAUGCAAGCAAUGCCGCUGCGCUCCCUGCUCUCGCCGGCACGCCCGGGUUCCUCGCGUUUCCUGGCAUGCCCGGCGGUCCUGCGCCCGGAUCGUAUGCCACUCCCGCCAUGGGAGCCCCCCCCGCCAAUCCUGCUGCCGCCGCCGCCGCCGCCGCUGGUGUUGCGGGCGUUGGCGCGCCGAAUCCCUGGAGCCUUGUACAGGGUAUGGAGGAGAUUAAUAGGGCGGAUUUCCCGGUGACGUACCAGGCGGCAAAGUUUUUCGUGAUCAAGAGUUACAGCGAGGACGACGUGCACAAAAGUAUUAAGUACGGCGCGUGGGCGUCCACCCCCAACGGCAACAAGCGGCUCAACGCCGCGUUCCAGGAAGCUGCCGCGAAGACCGCUGCGACCGGGUCGCGAUGCCCCGUGUUCCUCUUUUUCUCGGUGAACGCGAGUGGUCAGUUCUGCGGCGUGGCGGAGAUGAUGUCCCCUGUGGACUUCCAGCGGUCGGUGUCGUUCUGGCAGCAGGACAAGUGGAAUGGGCUGUUCACGGUGCGCUGGCACGUGAUCAAGGACGUGCCAAACGCGCACUUCCGCCACAUGAUCAUUGCGGCCAACGAGAACAAGCCCGUCACCAACAGCCGCGACACCCAGGAGGUGCCGCAAGAGCAAGGGCAGCAGAUGCUGCGCAUAUUCAAAGACUACAUGUCCCGCACCUCCAUUCUCGACGACUUUGACUUUUAUGACAAGAGGCAGAAGGCCAUGCAGGCCCGCAAGGAGCGGCUGCAGUACCAGCAGCACCACCCGCACCCCCAGCACCCACAGCAGCAGCAGCACCCGCAUCAGCAGCACCAGCAGCAGCAGCAUCAGCACCACAUGCAGCAGCAGCAUCAGCACCACAUGCAGCAGCAGCAGCAGCAGCAGCAGCACCCGCACCACCGCCAGCAGCAACACAUGCUGGCGUUCCCGCCUCUGCAGCACCACAACCAGCAGCCGCACCCGCAUUACCAUGGUGGCCCGUAUGGCCGCGGGGGCAUGCACCGACACCAGCGUGCGUACCCUCCCAACCAAGGCCGGGGCCAGCCCAUGCAGUUGGCUCUUGGUGCAUUUUGA